AUGGCUCCCGCUGCCCCGCCAGUCGCCACCACGAGCAACGGAGCCCCCUUACCUCCCUCUGGGCUCACCGCUUCGGCCACAGCUGGCCCGCGCGGCCCCAUCGUGCUGCAGGACUUCGCUCUGCUGGACCACCUCGCGCACUUCGACCGGGAGCGGAUCCCUGAGCGCGUCGUGCACGCCAAGGGCGCCGGCGCCUUCGGCUACUUCGAGGUCACGCACGAGACGGCCACCAAGUACUCGCGCGCCAAGCUGUUCUCCUCCGUGGGCAAGUGCACGCCCGUGGCCGUCCGCUUCUCGACCAUCGGAGGGGAACUGGGCAGCGCCGACACGGUGCGAGACCCGCGCGGCUUCGCCAUCAAGCUCUAUACGGAGGAGGGCAACUGGGACCUCGUGGGCAACAACACGCCCAUCUUCUUCAUCCGCGACCCGAUCCUCUUCCCGAGCUUCAUCCACACGCAGAAGCGCCUGCCCAGCACGCACCUCAAGGAUACCAUGAUGUGGGACUUCUUCUCGCUGCGUCCGGAGACGUUGCACCAGCAGACCUUCCUCUUCUCGGACCGCGGCAUCCCGGACGGCUUCCGCCACAUGAACGGCUACGGCAGCCACACGUACGUCAACGUGAACGCCCAGGGAGAGGUUACCUACGUCAAAUAUCACUUCAAGACGGACCAGGGCAUCCGCAACCUGCCAGUGGACGAAGCUGCCGCUCUCGCGAGCUCCGACCCGGACUACGCCAUCCGCGACCUGUACACCCCCAUCGAGCGCUAG